UAACUUUAACUACCGUUGAGUUUAGUUCUUAAAUUUUCUCAUUUGCAAGAAAAGCUGAAAAAAACCCAGGCAGAACGAAUAAACAGACAAACUAUAGGAAGAUUUCAAGACAGGAAUUUAAAAGCAUUCUCGUACAAAGAUACAAAUGGCUCAACUUGAUCCAUUACAAAAAAUUUCGCAGACAUCCAAAACUCCCAAGUCCAAUUCACCAACUUUUGAACAACUUCUACAAGGAAAUGAAAGGAGUUGGUCAACAAAUACCUCCCCAACAGCUUAUGAUCAAGAAGAAUAUACACCAACUCAUGGCAAGAAAUCAGUUAUCACCAAAGUGAAGGAAAAAGCAAAGAAACUCAAAUACAGUUUAAGUGGCAAGAAGAAGCUGCAUGAAAAUGAUGUCCACAACCACGACGAUAACAGUACACCUUCAUGGGGCCCUACUUUGGAUGAUGAAGAUGAAGAAGAAGAAGAAGAUGAAGAUCCUGAAUAUCUUGGUGCUCCAAUGUAUGAAUCAGAACUGGCACCUGAGGCUUAUAAAGAAGCAGCACGACAACACCCACGAGCAGAUCCAGUGGUAUCCGAGAAGCAUGCUGUUCCGACCAGCAUCAAACAUGAGUUUAUUGAACAAGACAAUAUGGAGAAAUUACCUGAUAGCCCCAGUAAAACCAUAACAGAAACUGUAACAGAGAAGUUAGCACCAGCUUAUGCUGCAGUCUCUGAUGCAACCCACGCUAUUGCUUCAAAAAUUUCAGGCCUCACUCUAACAAAUAGCAACGAGCAAGAAUCUGGGAACGAGCAAGCAGCGCCAAAAACUGGUCAUUUUGCUGAGAGUAAUGUGAAUGCUAGUGGUAUUAGCAGCCCAGGAAAAUGGGACAAAGGUGUUUCAGUAAAAGAGUACUUUGUAGAAAAAUUUGAACCUGGUGAAGGCGAGAGAUCACUUUCUCAAAUCAUAACUGAGGCUAUGAGCCCUAGGCAAGCAGCUUCUGGUGAUAAAGGUAUAGUGGAGAAGAUGAAGGGUGCUGUAACGUCAUUUAUUCGGCCUGACGAUUCCCCUAAAUCAACGGAAAAUAGCAUCAAAUCAUCAUCAGCUCCCAACAAUCCCAUUUCUACAAAUGCUACUUUGUCUCCUAAAUGUCCUAGCUUAUCUUCUAAGAACAUCGUUAUCUCUACUAAUGAUAAUUUGCUUCAAGAUAAUCCCAUCGCUAUGCCUCAUAAGAGUCCCAUUUCCACUACCAACGAAACUGCAGCAUCAUUAUCCCAUUUUCCUGAGUUCCACAGUGCAAGCUCAUCACCUCUCAACUAGUGUUCACGAAGUUGUUGAGGAACAAAGCCAUGGAAGACUUCUCCAACCUAAUUAACAGAAGAUUGGUUACAUACAUCUCGAAAUAAAGAAUCAAUCUACUGAUUCCGUUUUUUGUGUUAGUGAUAAGCAUAAUUAAAUAAAGAAAGAGCAUCUGUAGCAUUUUGUUUUGAUUUUUAGAUACGUCGCUGCUAUAUCAGCGACAAGUUCUUUUUUUAGUAGUGUCAACAAAUCUUUUCUUAAUUAUAUACAGCUGAUCGCAAAUUUGUUUGGGACUGAGGCUUAGUAAUAGUAGUAGACGUUGUUGUUGUUGUCAACAAAAUUCAUUUUGAAGAGUUGUAUCGAGUCAUGAAGAACAUUCUUAGUAUGAAUGAUUUAUAAUUGCUGUGCCA